GACAGCUGAAAAAGAUGUAAAUAAAAUAAACUAAAAUUUUAUAUUAAAUAAAUAAAUUAAAAGAAAAAAGUGUUUAUAUCGUUCAAUUCAAAGUUGCCAGGUGGCUUAAAUGUUUCCGGUUUAUACCAGUAUCAAUUAAUGAUGAAAAAUAGUAAGCUAUGAAACUAGUUAUAUAAAGACUUAAUAGAAAGCUUCUCAAGGGCCAAUUUUAAGGCUACCCAUAGCUAUUAGCAUCUGACAAUAUGGGUGUUCGUGGACUCACAGGAUUUAUAGCUCGCAAUGCUGAACAAUAUCUAACACCACAUGAACUGCAUGAUUGUAACCUGGUCAUAGAUGGCGACAAUUUGGCCUGCAAUCUGUAUAAAGACGUUACCGGAAAUUAUUCGGCCUUUGGAGGUGAUUACGAUGACUUCUAUCGUGCUGUGGUCAACUUCUUUGUGGUUCUUGCUGAAUGCAAUAUUAAGGCAUACGUCUUAAUGGAUGGAGGCUAUGAACAAAGAAAACUGCGCACCGUCAGUAAACGCAUGAGAGGAAAAAUAUGCGUUAUAAAACGUAUAAAUCCUUGUGCCUCCAUCACCGUCUUCCCCUUAAUGAUGAAAGAGGUAUUUGUUGAUGCUGUGCGAGAUUGUGAGGUACCCAUAAUGCGUUGUGUUUUUGAGGCUGAUGACGAGUUGGCUGCCUUGGGUAGGAAAUUAAAUUGUCCGGUAUUAAGUUACGAUUCUGAUUUUUACAUACACAAUGUGCGUUAUAUUCCUUUAAUAACGCUGACGGUAAAAGCCCACACGAAGGUUUAUAAAAAUAACAGCUCAACUGAUGCAGUCAAUAAAAAGUUGAAAAAGGCUGAGGCCAAAAAAGUGGAUAAACAAACUCGCGGUAAUCGUAUAAUGGAUACUAUUGUAGUAAACAAUCAAGAAAGGCGAAAGGGAAAAGGAAAAACUUACAAGUAUUUGGAUUGUUGUAUGUAUCGUAUAGAUAAUUUGAUAUCGGGAGGGUCCUUGAACAAGGCCAAACUACCUCUAUUUGCUGCGUUAUUAGGCAAUGACUAUAUAUCCCGUUCAGCAUUUCAUAAUUUCUUUAGCUCCGGUAUGGUUAAGGGAGGACGUAGUCGCAGCCGCAAGACCAAUCAUCAACAAAGACGCAUAAGAGCUGUUAUACAAUGGCUAAAAAAUGAGACCGCAGAGUCGGCCAUGACCAAAAUUUUGUCCAGAUUGCAAAAGCAACAAAGAGAAUCUUUAGUGGCCCAAGUGGAAGCUGCCAUAAGUGGUUACUCUAAUGAAUUAUGCAGAUCGUAUGACUAUUUUAAAAACAACUAUGAAAACAUUUUCGAAGAUCUAGAAGAGAAUGUUGAAAGUGAGGUGGAAUCGGAAAAUGAAUUGGAAAUUGAAGAAGAGGACAGCGAGUCCUGUGAAGAGGAGCAAGAAUUGGAAGAAGAAGAAAACGAGCCAGAAGAUGAGGAAGAAUAUGAAAUAGAAGAAAGUGAACACAACGCCAACAACCCAGAAGACUCGACCUCUUCUGCCAGCGCAUCGGAUGUUGAUAAUGAUGUUAAUAACAAUGAUGGCAAUAAAGAUAUUUCCAAAUUUCCCCCAUGGUUUCUAGACAAACUAUACCCUGCCAAUUUACCAAGAUUUUGUGUGGACCUUAUGCAUUUGCGCAAAUACAUAAAUAAUCCUCAAAUCGAGCACUUUCCUUUUCCGGAUUGCAAUGAAAUUGCCCUGCCCAUACUAAGCCUUACAUAUGCGUUGUUGAACAAUGUCAAGGGGGAAGAGUUUGUGGAGCAAAUGAACGAAGAUGGUUCCAUUAGACAUUUGUAUUUUACAUAUCUAACCCGAGCCACACGUGUUACAAAUGUCCAAUAUGUCUCCGUAGAAAUUAAGGAGAAACCCAAAUAUACAUUUGAACCAGCAACACCAAAUCCUCUAUUGCUGCAAACGCUAUUUGAAUGUAAAAUGCCAGAAUUAAAGGCAAUUCACCUCUUUGAGGAAAUACAAAAGUUACCUCAAGACUUGAGGUUGUAUUUUCUGGCCAUUGUCUAUUGGCUACAUAAGUCUCAGCAUUGUGAUCUUAUCCACUUGCACGCUUUGAUUGUGUGUUUGGUGGUUUUAAGGACCAUAGAUUCGAAAAUACCUGCAGAAAGGGAUAUGAAGGCUUUUGUGAAACGUUUUGGCAAAAUCAUCAAAAGGGAAAAGCAAGUACGUGACAAAGAAUUAGCUGAAGGAGUACAACGGUCUAUAAGAGAUGAUUUAAAAAAUCUACACAUUACUCAACGCAUAGAUUUCAUACAGAAAUCCGAUUGUUACUUGGUGCAAAAUGAGCUGUUGAAACAUUUUCAUAUGCAGGAGAUUUUCAAAAAGAAGUAUGAUCUGUACUCCAGUAUCGUACUACAUGCCUUUGCUGAAUUCCAGUCUGUAGUCUUCCAGCUGCAUGCAAUCAAUGCUUUGUUGGAUUUCCCCCACCAAGCUCCUCACAUGGCUCAAUUAUAUUGUGGCGUAUUUCUUUACAAUCUUUACGACUUGUUUAGGAAUCGUCUGGAUGUGGAGUAUUACAUCAAGAAUUUCAUUUUUAAAGAUUCCACCAUGAUGUUCGAUUUCUAUGCAUAUCUUUGGCAAUGGUGUGAACAGUUUUUGCCCUCUUGGAAACGAAAAGAUGUAAUGACUCCCAGCAGCAAAAAGUUACAGAAAAAGAAACGCCAGCUGGAAAAGAAAAAGGCUAUGCGAGAGUCAACGUUGAGUCAUGUCCAAGAUCCCUAUUCAGAUAUGUUAAGCAGUAGCAAUGACGAAAAUGAUGAAUUCGUAGACUUAAACAAUAGAUUUUGUAAUGUUUUGAAAGUAAAUUAGCAAAAUGAAAAAAACCGGAUGCUGUAACUAGU